AGCACGGCUGCUCCGUCCAAACAAUCCGGAAGAUGAUAGCGUGACGUGACGGAACUGUCGACAGAUUGAAGUCUGAAAUUAACGCGGCCGCAGCAGAAUUAACAAAUGAACCUAACGAUAUUGUUCGMAAUAAGAUAAAUUUAGCAACAGUCAGCUGUUUUCUUUUUUUUAAAGGUUGGAGCUAACUCCUGGUUCGCAUUUUGGACUUCAUGGUAAUAUCGCAGCCGUUUUUUCACCUUUGUGAAGAAGUGUAGCUCACCUUAAAGUAGUUGAAAGGCAUCAUGGGAAAUGGUAUGAAUAAGGUUAUUGAUGGGCUCUACCUUGGGAACAUAAGAGAUUCUGAAAACAGAGAAAGUCUGUCCAAAAACGGUAUCACCCACAUCCUGUCCGUGUACAACAAUGCCAAGCCAAUGUUCGAGGACAUGACAUAUCUUUGUAUUCAUGCUGCUGAUGCUUCCAGUCAAAACCU